CCCUCGAGCCCCGCCCCGCCCUCGGGGUCCCAGCGCACUCGCUGUCUGGAGCGCGGAGCGCGGAGCGCGGUGCAGGCUCGGGACGCGAAGCCACACUGGGGCUGCGAGGUGUGCGCCGCCGCCGCGGGGUCCGGGGGCGCCUGCUCGCGGCUCCGCCCGCUCCCCCAGCAGCAGCAGGAGCAACAGCAGCGAGGAACCGCGGCGGCAGCGACACCAUGGACCUGUCCUUUAUGGCCGCGCAGCUGCCCAUGAUGGGAGGGGCGUUCAUGGACUCACCCAAUGAGGACUUCAGCACCGAGUACUCCCUGUUCAACUCCUCGGCCAACGUCCACGCGGCCGCCAACGGCCAGGGCCAGCCGGACGAGCCCCCGCGGUCCUCCAACGACGCCGUCCUGCUGUGGAUCGCCAUCAUCGCCACGCUGGGCAACAUCGUGGUGGUGGGCGUGGUGUACGCCUUCACCUUCUGACGGAGUGCGGCCGUGGCUGCGCCUGGCACUUCCUGAUGCCAGGGCUGAGCGUUCCGGCCAUGCACGCACAGCCCCGUUGGGUGCAGCGGUCUCCAGGCGUCCGGAAUUUCUCUGGUUUCAAAGAGUCCCUGCUGUGGCCGAGCUGGUUCAGAAAACAUGGGGACCUGGGCUUCGGGCUCCCAGAGGUCUGACCGGGCAGGGGCUGCAAGGAGCAGGUGGUCAGGGAAGCUUUGCCGCAGCAUCCCCAGGCCACGAGGCCGGGGUCCUGCAGGACAGACGAGGCUGGGUCGGUGCAGACUUCUCAGACCCACUGUGUGGGGGCCGGGGCAGGGCGGCCCUCAGAAUCCUGAGCUCGCACCCUGGUCUUGGAUUCGCCAUCUGCCCCUUGGCAUUGUUCAUGGCCGUCUUGACUGUCCCAGUUCCACUUAGAAAUGGUACCUUUGUCCCCAGACGCCUGGCCUCUCACACGACCCAAGCCCGUCAGGAGCUGCAGGCUAAGGCAAGAGGAAAUCCGGGGCUGCCAGGGCUUCCCCCUGCCCUACUCAGUGUCACGACCAUCAUGGGGUUUUAGAGAUGAAGCAGACGCGUGUCCGCGGAGGGCAUGGAGAGGGGAGGGGGACAGGCUCUGCUGUGGCCCGGGCCAGCAUGUUUCCUAACUGUGCACCCAGCACUCCCUCGGCCUGGCGGAGCAUGCCCGGGGGCAAGCUGGGGCCUCUGCAGCCACAGGGGGCCUUGAAGCUGGUGCGAGGUGGGCAGUUCGUUCACGCGCCUGGAUUCCAGCCUCGGGGUGCAGCCGUGCACACUCCCGCGGGUGUGAGCGUCUCCCCUGAGCCAGCUCCCUCAAUUUCUGACAAAUCCAUGCUGGGGGUCCUGAGUUGAGAUGCAGGGUGGGGGGACGGGACUGGGAGGCAGCCACGGCUUCCACCCCAAGAGGGCAGACGAGGAGGGGAAGGCCCCUGAGAGCCGUGCACCUGCAGCCCCCGUCUGCCUCCUUGCUCCUGCCCACGCCGUUUAAGAGAUGCACACAUCUGCCUCUGUGGCGAGGAACCUAAAAGGCGGGUGCAGAGGCCCUCCUGUGUGUCCGGGGCAGGGACAGGAAAGCCGGGCUUGGCACUGUGCUCUCAGGAGACACGCGUGUCCCUGAUGACCGAGGUGGCUGCAGUCUCUGGAGCUGCCCUAAUGACGGUAUUGCCGCCUGGGCCGCCAGCCCUCGUUGGCCACGUCUGACCCUGCGGUCCCACAUCCAUCUACAAACGCUUCUGUUCCAACAGAGGCCGAGAGAGCUGGGGAGAACCAGCCCGAGGGCUGCAGCAGGGACAAGGGACGUGGGGCCAGCUGCCCGGACACCUGGAUCCUGGCCAGGGCAGGAGGCUGCCUGGGGGUUAGCGAUGGAGCGCGCCGGGGCUCAUGCAGGUGCGCCCUGGCUGCUUCCCCGCAGGCCCCACCUCCAAACCCCAGCUGGGCCUUUCUUGCAUGGACGCCUCCGUGGAGAAGCCGGGGCCAGGGCAGAGGCCGGGGGAUGCUUGCUGCCUGGUGGGGGUCACUCCAGUUCCCUGAUUCUUCACCUCCUGCCCCAGCAUCACAGGGGAGCCUGCAGCCCCGUGCAGAGUUGGGUGGCGGCCCCGUUCUGCAGGCGGCCCGGGGGGAUGGUGUUGGGAGAGUGGUGUCUGCCAGCCGUGGUGGAGGGAGAGGAGAGGAAGUGUCCGGGUCUGGAAGGGGCUCCGGCGUCCAACCCCAGUCCAGCUGCUGUCUGUCGCUUCCCAGCGGCAGAGCCGUGGACGGCCAGGCGUGCUGGAGGCCGGGGGCACUGCCUCACGCAGAUGGCCAAGGCUUGCUCGGGGCCACCUGGUCUUGGUCUGCUGUAGUCUCCUUAUCUGCUUUUCCACCCUAACGGUGAGGAGGGCUGUGCGUGUCGGAGUCCAGUGCAGGAGUGAGAGAUGGAGAGGCCCGGCCUCGGUGCCUGCCCGCGUGCUCCGGCGCCCUCAGCCCCUGCCCCUGCACGCGGACCCCCGAGGCCUGCGGUUCUGCCCGGUGCAGCCCUGAGAGACCAGUUUCCUCAGAGCCAGGAGCCCCCCUAGGGGCCCCAUGUGGAGGGGGUCCCGGAAGUGCUGAGUCAGGGCGGGGGACAGCCCUGCUGUGUCAGCCGGCUACAGCCAGGGACAGGGACCCUCCUGUCUGGAACCACAGCCAGGGGCCCCAUUCUGGUUUCUCCCUGUGCGUCAGGCUCAGAGCCCCUGUGACCUGCUGAGUCAGUGCUGAGGAAGGAAGGGGCCUGCCCCCCCCUUCACGUUCUGGAAUGUUCUCGUGCUUGCCCCUGCGCACCCCUGCAUUUCUCCUCUGUGAGCCAGGAGGGUCCCAGCCUGGGCUCCUGCCCACCCGCGGGGCGGGAGUGUGCUGCUGUCACACAAGGCCUCCGAGACGCCUCGCCUGGACGCCUGGCAGGGCCAGCGCCCCCUCCUGCCCUGGGCUGUCACUGCUGCCCCUCCCCCUUUCCAUGAAGUCAAGGUUAAGAAUGAGUGCAGCUCCUCUCCCACUGUGCCCUCCCCCGACAGGACCCCCAGCUGGCUGGGAGGGGCAUGGAGAGGAGGGCCAGCACCACGCAGCUGGGCGUGCACCAGGCCAUGGGCCAGCCUGUUUCAACCGAAGGCCUGCGUGCCCGACGGGUCUCGUUAGUCCAGAGCCUGGAGACCCUCAGCCACAGCAGCCUGCGGCUGGCACUGCUGCCUGGUGCCCCCUGCCUCAGCAGUGUGAUAAUAUCGUCAGGAAUUAUUGUCACUGUUCCUGGUGUUGUGUGCUGGAUCUUAUCACAUGUAAUUCUCAGAUCGCCUGUAGGGGGCAGGAGUGAGCACACAGUGAGGCGUCCUGUUUGUUGAGAAAACUCAGGCCAGGCCAUGUGCCCAAGAGCCCACAGCUCCCAGGAGCUGCAGUUCCGACCCAGGCUUGUUGGCUCCACGAGUCACCUGGUUGCCCUGUGUCUCUCCGUGGUGGGGUGGGGUGGGGGCCUCUGGGGCUAGGGCUGAGGUUUGGCCCCGGGGAGCCUGUGGCCAGGUUGCCCAUUACAGUGAGCGUGGAAAGUGGCUGGUGGCACUGCACGCAUCCUGCCUAGAGCCACGGAUGCUCACAGCGGUAAGCACUCCCCAGGGCUUCCCCGGGGAGAGAAGCCGAGGGCACCCAGAGAUAGUGGCGAGCUGGUGAGUUCCAGGCAUCGGGCCCAGGGCUCCAUGUCCCAGGGCAUGCGUGGCUCCAGGAAGCAGAGGGACCCCCUCAUGAGCAGCUCAGCCCUGGGAUGGAAGUGGGUUCCCAGCCAGCUGUCGCUAGCUCCCUUUGCUGCUGUCCCAAAAGCAAGUCCUGGGGGUGGGCUCAGCUGCUGGGACAGGGAGCCCAGGGAGUGGCCUGAGGGGGCCAAGGGGCUCUGGAUGGCCCGUAUGCACCUGUCGCAACCUCUCCUGCCCAGCCCUGACCAUGGUCACUCUGAGAGCGAUGGGGGGAGGGUGGGGUGGGGGCUGGGUCCCGAGAUGGCAGGAAGAACAGGGUGGGGGGCGGCCUCUCUGUGAAGCUGGGGGCCAGGUUGACAGCACCGCCCCACCUCCUGGUGCAGCCGUCCGGGACUGGAGUGGGCGCUUAACGUCUUUCUUUAGGGGAUGGGCCGGGAUGGGGGGAGAUGGAGGAGAAAGCCAUGUAAAGUGUGGUUAUCACAGAAGAAAGAAGGACCCAGCGUGAGAAGAUGGUGCCGUCGUAAGCACCGCAGAACGGGCGGAGGUACAGAGAAUCGACCGCAUGGACAGGAGUGAAGUCCUGAGCCACCGUGAACGCCACCUGUUUUCCUAUCAGGAGAUAAGAGCUGGGGGCGGGGACAGCCGCCACGGCAGAUGCUGGCCUUGGGACCCCCGCGGUGGCGACGGCCCCUCCAAACACGCUUCUGUUCAUCCUCUGUCUUGGCUCCUUUUCCAAGCUGGCUUCCGGCCUCCCUGAGGAGGUCUGAGACCUGUCCUGCCCGGCACAUCUGUAGAGCGCUUAGGGGAUCCCAGGGCCCCCGUGCACCGAGGACCCCGCCGCGUGGCUGAGCCCCCGCGCACCAGCAGUCUCUCUGCCAGCGUCAAUGAACCAGAGAAUCGCUCAUCCGAGUUCAAGCGCGGUCGUCAAUGCGGAUGCUUCUGAUCCGGCCGCUGCCGGCUGGGAGGAAGGGCGCGCUGGAGGAAACUGAGGCACCAAGCAGUCCUGGAGCUUGGCCAGGGGUCUGGCAGGGGGCAGCGGGGUCUCGAGCCCGAGGAUCCCGCCUGCAGCAUGUCUGGUGACUCCGCAGAGCUAGCUGUCCUCUGCUGUGGACAGUUUUGCUCCCCCCCUGGGGCAGAGAUGGUUUUGGUCGUCGCAACUUGGGGCAGGAGGGGCCGGAUCCUAGCAUCCUGUGGGUAGAGGCCAUGAGGUUGAUAGCAACCACAGCCCCCCAUGAUGGAGAAUCACCCAGCCUCAAGAUGGCAGCUGUGCCAAGCUCGGGACCCCUCCACCAGACCAGACCCACCCUGAUUCCAAAUCCGCGGGAGUUUUCCAACCCCCUCCUCCCUCCUACAUCAAAGCUCUUCUGAGCAGCCGCAGCGGCCGUGGGCGCUGCCCCAGGUUCAGAUCUUUCCGGCUGAGGGCAGCUGUCUGGAGUGCCCGCGAGUGGGGCUGGUGCUUUGGAAACCGAGCAACCAUUCCCAAGCCGUGGGCUUUCACGGGGUCCCCAGGCUGGGGGGAGAGAGCCCUAGUGGGUGCUGGGAGGCUGAGGCUGUGUGUGUCCCAGCAGUGGCUUUGUCUCUCUGGGCCCUCCGGGACCUGACCCUCCCUGGGGCCUCUGAGAGGCGUGGCCUGGCAGAGCUUAGGGAUGGGGUGGUGCAGGGGAUGGGGCUGCUGACCACCCUGGGAGGAGCCGCAUCUCCUCUUAUUUCUGACCCUUUACCGCGGCCCCGAGAGUGUGUGGCUGCUUUAAACUUGGACCGAAGAAGCCGUAUUUAUCCUGCAGCUUGCGUCUGCCGAUGGCGACGUCUCCCGGCCAGAGGAUCGGCCAUGUCUGGUCGGCCAUGUCUGCGUCUUACUCGUGUUUUUGUACUCGACUUGUACAUGUGAGCACUUUACUGCCGCCUGGACACGAAUUUUAACUGUUCUCGUCCUUUGCUACUCCAGCGCCUGGGGUUGCCGUGAGGUCACUGACUUUUACUACAGGGAAAAGGCUCUUUCUUAAUGUAAGAUUUCCAUGCACUCUUUUGAUUAAAAUUACCCAACUUUCAAAGAUGUAAAAAUGUGGCUGUGAAAUCUUUGUUAGUAUUGGUGAAGCGGAUGUUGUUUUCUAUUAGGAUAAUUACAAAUAAAAAAAAGAAAGAAA